CGGGAACGCAGGCGAGGGACUCUGGGAUCCACGCUGACCUUGGGUUAGCCCCUGCGCCGUGGACUGCACGGAGGUCUCCCGGGGUUCUCCCGACUGCCUCAGGGAAAAAGAGAUUACUCCCCAAGACUUCGAGGGAGGACGCCUAGUAUCCUAGAAGGGGCUGUCCAGGGACCAGGUGCUAGUGGAGGCCAACGUCAGCCAGCAUUAUGCCCGGGCAUUGACACAUGGGUGGACCCAUGUAACUAGGCUUUGGCAAAGGAGCAUGCCAUCGUUAACUAUGCUUCAAAGCCUUAUUAAGAAUGUCUGGAUCCCCAUGAAACCCUACUAUACCCAGGUUUACCAGGAAAUUUGGAUAGGAAUGGGGUUAACGACUUUCCUCUUUUAUAAAAUCAGGAAAGCUGAUAAAAGAAGUAAAGCUUUGAAAGGCUCCAGUUCUGCAUCUGCCCAUGGCCAUCAUUAACUGCUCCCUGAGUGGACUCAAGAUGAAUCGUGUAGACUAAGCUUAAGCAAGCUCUGUUAUAUGGAAACACGGAACAUCGCUGUACGCUUGUCUAAGUACCACUUACAAUGUGGCAUUAAUAAAUGUUUGUGAGAAGCA